AAGUGUGGCAACUACCAUCCUUCGUGACUAUUCUUUACUCAAAGUGGCCUCGGAUACCGAACAUCUAAAACAUCAAGUCAAAUAAACCAUCUUCUCUCCAUGGAUGAUCUGAAGUUGUAUGGAAGGUCCCAGUCAGGAAUCGAAUCACUGCUAAGCACUGUCUGUAUAUUCAGUAGCGAUAUAGCAAUGGAGUUUGGACUAGACAUGUGUGCUGCAUUAAUAAUGAACAGAGGAAAAAUAAGAAAAACAGAAGGAAUAGAACUGCCCAAUGGAAGCAACAUCAAGAACCUGGAAGAGAAAGAACAUUACAAAUACCAAAGCAUUCUCCAGGCUGAUAACAUUACAUACACUGAAGCUAAAAGAAAAAUUGGAAGUGAAUACAUCAGGAGAGUUAGAAAAAUCCUCAAGUCCAAACUCAAUGGCGGGAACACCAUACAAGCCAUAAACACCUGGGCUAUACCUAUUAUCAGAUACAGUGCAGGAAUAAUAGACUGGACCCAGGCAGAGCUAGAGACGCUAGAUGUUAAGAACAGGAAAAUCAUGACCAUCAAUCAUGCUCUGCACCCCUGUAGUGAUGUAGAUAGGCUAUACCUCCCUCGCAGCUCAGGUGGAAGAGGAAUGCUGCAAGUCUAUCAAACAGUAGAGGAGGAGAAAAGAGGCCUUGAAAAAUAUAUCAAGGACAGUGAAGAAGAUGCACUUAAGAUGGUCAAUAAUGAGAAACUAUUCAACACCAAUGAAACAAAGCAGGCCUACAAGAAAGAACGAGUCAAGAACCGAGCAGAAAAAUGGAAAAAUAAGUCACUGCAUGGUCAAUAUUUGCACAACAUAACUGGAAUAUCAAACAUCACUACUAAGACCUGGCAAUGGCUUAAGAAUGGCAACUUGAAGAAAGAAACAGAGGGUUUAAUACUGGCUGCACAAGAACAGGCACUAAGAACAAAUGCAAUAAGAGCAAAAGUAGAAAAAUCAACCACAAACAUCAAGUGCCACCUUUGUAAAGAAGCAGAUGAAACCGUGGACCACCUAAUCAGCUGUUGUAAAAAGAUCGCACAGACUGACUACAAACAAAGGCAUGACAAGGUGGCAGUGAUGAUACACUGGAACAUCUGCAAAAAAUACAAGCUACCUGUAGCCAAAAAUUGGUGGGACCAUAUAGUAGUGUGCAUGGUUCGGUUCGGGCACACUGUUACAGACCCCCGAACCGGUUCGGUGGUUCGGAUGGGCGGGGGCAUGUAGCUUUAAGCGGGGGGGUGGUAGUACUUACCCCCCACUGCUGCUCUUCCCCCUCCGGUGCUGGUCAUUUGUAAUAAUAACAGCAACAAUAUUGAUAAUAAAAUUCAGCCAUCCUAGGUCCUUGGGAAGGACUCGAUGUCUGGAUAAAACAAACCAGUCAGUAACACCUGUCUGACUGUAUAAACAACAACAACAAGAUGAUGAUGAUGAUGAUAGCAGCAGCACACCAAUGGAAAGCUUGACACAUAAAUGUGUUUGAAUAUGCAAAGCUAUUUAGAAGAGUAAUAAACUGCAGUAGUG